UCCAUCAGGAAGGGGCUGCUCGGAGGGAGGGGCUUAAGCAGGGACUUGACUUUCUUUAGUCUUUCUUCCUCCCUUCCUUCCUUCCUUCCUUCCUUCCUUCCUUCCUUCCUUCCUUCCUUCCUUCCUUCCUUCCUUCCUUCCUUCCUUCCUUUUUCUUUACUACAUGAGGGGACUGGCAAUAAUUUCUUCUCCUGCCAUCCUUAUUAUUCCAAACCUGCGAGGCUGCUUAAAACUGACCUCAGGUCUAAGCACUCCUUGUGGUCUGACCUCUACUAGGCGGCACCACCUCCCCACCCACCCUGCCUUUCACAUCCUCAGUUCCGAUCUGCCACUACCAGCCAAAGCUGGGCGUCCCUGUAAAUGACGGUAAAGAAAUCACGGAAGUAGAAAUUUAAGUGGCAGCAUUUCAGAGGCUUCUGUUUUCAUUCAGAGUUAGUAUUUUCCAGAAUGUAAUUUGAUUUUGUUCUUCAGAUUCUAUCAUAGAUGUUGGGUUUUACAGAAUCUGUUGUUUGACCUAGUGGGACAAUCGGGGGAAAAUAAAUCCUGGUUGCCGAGUCUUUGAGGGCAUAAUAACAUUCAGUCUGAAAUUUGUGAUUUUUUAGGAACAGGGAUUGCUUCAGACGCUUGGUAUAAAAAUUUGUACUCGGAACAGAACACACCAUGCUUGAUUUCAGUGGGAAGCUAGCAAGAAUUUGACUUACAAUGUCUUUAGAAGAUUAGUGUAAGGUCGUUUUUAAUGUCUGUGCUUAAUGUGUGGCCACCCACCCUCAGCCCCUCCUCCAUCUUUCCCUCUCUUCCUCCUCCUCCUAAUCUGCUCUCUUCCUUCCCCUCCCCCUUCCCUCCUCCUUCCAUCCCUACCCCUCUCUCCUUGCCUCUCUUCCCCCCCUUGCUCUUCUCUCUUUCCCUUCCCUCACAUCCUCUUCUUCCUUCUUUCCUUCCUCUCUCUCUUCCUUGGUAUCAUCAUGCCUGCACAUGUGAGGAACAUGAUUUACCUCGAAGGCUUUCAGUUCCUCCUAGCAUGACUGAGAUCUGACCAGCCGACUCACGAGUUGCUUCUUGUGCCACCACUGCAGUGCUGGGGCCUCUUCAUCGCUCCAAACUACAGCACUGUCAUGGCAGCUGCCUCUACUUCCAGCCCUGUGAUUUCACAGCCCCAGUUCACAGCCAUGAACGAACAACAGUGCUUCUACAACGAGUCUAUCGCCUUCUUCUAUAACCGGAGUGGAAAGUAUCUAGCCACAGAAUGGAACACUGUGAGCAAGCUGGUGAUGGGACUGGGCAUCACUGUCUGCGUGUUCAUCAUGCUGGCCAAUCUACUGGUCAUGGUGGCAAUUUACGUCAACCGCCGCUUCCAUUUCCCUAUUUAUUACUUGAUGGCCAACCUGGCUGCUGCAGACUUCUUCGCUGGACUGGCCUACUUCUACCUGAUGUUCAACACGGGACCUAAUACCCGGAGACUGACCGUGAGCACAUGGCUUCUCCGGCAGGGCCUCAUCGACACCAGCCUGACGGCUUCUGUGGCCAACCUGCUGGCCAUUGCCAUCGAGAGGCACAUCACAGUUUUCCGAAUGCAGCUCCAUACACGAAUGAGCAACCGACGUGUGGUGGUGGUGAUUGUAGUCAUCUGGACUAUGGCCAUUGUGAUGGGUGCCAUACCCAGUGUGGGCUGGAACUGCAUCUGUGAUAUCGAUCAUUGUUCCAACAUGGCGCCCCUCUACAGUGACUCCUACUUAGUCUUCUGGGCCAUUUUCAACCUGGUGACCUUUGUGGUCAUGGUGGUUCUCUACGCUCACAUCUUUGGCUAUGUUCGCCAGAGGACUAUGAGAAUGUCCCGGCAUAGUUCUGGACCCAGGAGGAAUCGGGACACCAUGAUGAGCCUUCUGAAGACUGUGGUCAUUGUGCUGGGUGCCUUUAUUGUCUGCUGGACUCCGGGAUUGGUCUUGCUACUGCUCGAUGUGUGUUGCCCGCAGUGCGAUGUCCUGGCCUAUGAGAAGUUCUUCCUCCUCCUGGCCGAGUUCAACUCGGCUAUGAACCCCAUCAUCUACUCCUACCGCGACAAAGAGAUGAGCGCCACCUUCAGGCAGAUCCUGUGUUGCCAGCGCAACGAGAACCCCAACGGCCCCACGGAAGGCUCUGACCGCUCGGCCUCCUCCCUCAACCACACUAUUCUGGCUGGAGUUCACAGCAAUGACCACUCUGUGGUUUAGAAGGAAGCCAGCCGGCCUUUGUGGAUCUGUGAACCCCACCCUACCCGCAUUGCCAGGGCAAGGUGGGGCGCCAGAGGAGACGAAGACACUCCUGUACUUAACACUAACCAAUGGCAGUAUUUGUCCCUAGACCCAAGAGACUUUAGGAUGAACUUGCUUGGUAGCCCCCAUCUUCUCCUUUGGAAAAGAGAAGGGGACCGUCUUGCAGUGGAAUUCAGAAACGGACUCUGGGGAGACCGUGUAUGUAGCCUUCACUAACUAGACUUAAAAGAUUUUAUGUGGUUUGGCCUAAGCCAGAAAAAAAAAAACAAAUCUUCCAAAUCAAGUACACAAUUCACACAGGCUUCCCCUUUAAAGAACAAACAACACAUUGCAUUUAUUAAUAAGUAUGUAUAUGUCUGACAGCAUGUUUGUGAUCGAGAAGACUGCUAAACUGACUUAGAUGAAUUUUUAUCCACGAUGGAGGAAAACUAUAAAUUAGAAUGAUUUUCAUGUUUUGUUUAGAAAGCAAGCAUGUGAUGUGUGUAUGCAGUAUGCCUUUCUUUAAAGAUAAAAGGAUACUAUUUUAAAUCUUCUAGGGAAUAGAAGAGUCUAGUAAAAAAAAAAAAAUCAGUAUUCAUUUAGGCUAUGGAAGAAACCUACCAGUUACCUUUUAAGUAAUGAGACACACAUGAAAGGCAAAGGAAUGUGAGCUUGUCACCCAAAGAGUGUGUACUCUGCAAGCUUUGGAGAUGAAGUGCUGUAGCGUUGUCCCUGCACAGUGAGGAUAUCCAAGUUCGUUCUUGGUGCCAGAGCGUCGGUGGGAUUUGUUUUAAAGCCUGUGGUUUUCCAAGUUAUAAAAUAAUACUUACUAUAGAAAACUUGAAAAUUGCAGAACUCUGUGAAAAAAGGAAAAAAAAAAGAUUAUCGAUAUUAUAACCAGGAAGUCACCCUCUUUACCAGCUCACGAGUGUAUGCCUAUAGAUAUAUAUAUAUUAUAUACCUUUUUUACAUAAUUGGGUUGAUAUUGUAAAAUGUUUUGUAACUUUUUCUUUCAGAAUUGCCAGGUUUUUCUAUGGCAUUUUUUUUAAAAACAGUGUUAGCGGCUAUAUAAUAUUCCAUUUAAUGGAUGCAGCCCCUGUUUAUUUAACCAUUCCUGUAUUGUUGGCUAGGUUUUUAAUUUUUUUCAUUAUUAUAAUAUCGGAAGAAUCUUGUGUACAUAAAGCGUUGCCAGUACCAUUGAUGAUUUACUUAGGAGCUAUUCCCAUGAAGGACCUACUUUUUAAAAUGUGAAAUGUCCUCAAGUGUUUUCACUUUACAAAAAGGGAUAUUCUACUUUCAAACUGCAGGGGUGGCCACGCUGACAAAAGCCUGGGAAACUACCUUUUUACAAAAGAAAUGCAGUGGCUACUUUAGUUGAGAAUGAGUUCUUGACAAGAUGUUUCCCAAUAACCAAGAUGCCCUAACGUAACUAGCAAAUUUAUUUUAGCGUUUUUUGAGGAAAUGGUGAUCCCUUUCUUGAAUGUUGGGUAGAAGUAAACAAAGACAUCAAACAUCGAAGUGAAUCCAGCGUUGCUGUUCCAAGUAGCCUUGGUGGGGCAUGUUAGCAGCUGGCUCCUGUGUGAUCUCCAGCAAUCAACCAAUUGGUGCCCUAUGUUCAGAGAUGCCCAGUACAGUGUCCGGGCGACUCAUGUGUCUAUUGUCGUGCUAUGAGGAGCAAGGAGGAAGAAGAAUAGUCCUGAAGCAGGUGUGGGGAGGUCAGGAGGAUGUCUGUGAGAAGGAAGUCCUGCAGAGAGUGGCAUUCUGGGGAGGAGGAAAGGCAGGGUGUGGCUUGUGUCUGGGUAGAGGGUAGGCAUGUGACGUGUGCCUGGUGGGAAAAAUAAGUAGGUGGAGAGCCAGUUAGCAGGAAAAAGAUUUUGCUCCAUAUUUACCAAAAUGCAAAGAAAUUUAUAUUGGAAAUGAGUGAAAUGAACUUGGACUUUUAUUGAUGCCCUUUUUAUGGGGGAUGUAAGGACUUUAAAUUGAAAAGCAUACUAAUUGAACCUUAAUAAAUCAUUCUCAAUCAGC